AGGGAGAGACAGAAGAGAGAGAGAGUGAGAGGGAGGGAGGAAGUCCUACAGAUGAGGACUUGUCAUAAAGCGCGGCAGACGUUACUUAUGAGAAGAGGCAGAAAGGACCUUUACCACCAGUGAGGAACUAAAGCAGAGUGUUGCAAUUGGGCUGAAAGAAGAGACCGAGAUAGAGAGAGAGAGAGAGAGAGAGAGAGAGACCCUCCUCUCUGCGCAGGCCAGCUGAUGAGAGAAGAUGAAGAGCCAAAUCACCAACACUCUCUCUGACUUCUUCUUUGAGUAUGAGACCCCUCGCCAGGUGCUGGUGAGGAACAGGAGGGUGGGCGUUGCGUGCCGUGUGAUCCAGGCGGGGGUCCUGGCCUACAUCAUUGGGUGGGUGUUCAUCUACGAGAAAGGCUACCAGUCCACAGACAUAGCAGUGAGCUCCGUCUUUACCAAAAUGAAAGGAGUGGGCUACACCAGCAUCAAUGGAAAGGAGAGAGUGUGGGACGAGGCCGACUUCGUCUUCCCACCACAGGGAGACUCAUCUUUCGUGGUGAUGACAAACUACAUAAUAACUGAAGGUCAGGAGAUGAGGAAGUGUCCAGAGCUCCAGGGAAGCCACAACUGCAGCUCAGACUCUGACUGCGAAGAAGGGAGAUUCAAACGUACGGGACACGGGCAAAUGACAGGAGUCUGUGAGAAGGCCACUAAGACCUGCGAGGUGUUGGCCUGGUGCCCCGUGGAGAACGAUCACGACAUACCAGAUCCUGCUAUGUUGCUGUCAGCAGAGAACUACACACUGUUCAUCAAAAACUCUGUAACUUUCCCCAUGUUUGGCAUUUCAAGGAGUAACCUGGUGGAGGACGUGGAUGCUGAAUACAUAAGCAAAUGCCUUCAUGAUCCAAAGGAUUCUCCAUUGUGUCCCAUAUUCAGACUGGGAGACAUAGUUAGACUGUCUGGCUUCAACUUCGAAACCAUAGCCCGAGUGAGCUGCACUGUGUGUGAUGCGCUUGUGUCCCGGCAGGGAGGGGCCAUUGGCAUUGUGAUCGACUGGACAUGUAAUCUGGACAAGGAUGUAAAACACUGUAGACCAAAGUACAACUUUCAUGGUCUGUACGGAAACCCUGCUGAGACUGACAAAGCCAGAGCAUCAGUUGGCUACAAUUUCAGGUAUGCUAAAUAUUAUUUGGAGAACGUCCAGAAGAGAACCCUUCUCAAAGUGUUUGGCAUCAGGUUCGACAUCAUCGUGCAGUCACUGGCCAGAAAGUUCGACAUUAUCCCCACCCUGACCGCGAUAGGCUCCGGAGUGGGCAUCUUUGGAGUGGCGACCGUGGUAUGUGACCUGGUGCUGCUCCAUUUGCUACCGAAAAGAGAAUUUUACAAGAACAUGAAAUUCAAAUCCACUGACUCUCAUAAACAGGACCCGGACUCAGAGGCAUGUAGCACAGAAACAGAGAAGUGAGCGGUGAGGAAACCUUUGAGGGCGUAGUGACAUGGGACACCACAAGACCCCGGCCCCUCCACACUAAAUGGACGCUGGAUUGGAAAAGACGUAAUCCAAAAGACAUUUCUUGGUAUCCUCUAUUUCUUUGGCAUCCUUUACAAACAACAUCCCCCGCUCUAAAGAGUGAGCCCGAGUGACGGUUACUGUAGUUUUAGCAUUGCUCGUCUGUAUACGUGUACUUUCGUUUUAAAUGUUUUAUUUAGUGUAGCUUGGUUUGCCAUUGUUUCUUUGGGUGUAACCUCCGCCUCCACCCUUAUCCGUGCCGGUUAAAAGAAAACUUUGAUGCAUCCGUGUAUACAGGAUUGAUUCACAACUCAUCCAUUGCUUCGGUCUCUGGCUUUUGUCAAAACAUGGGUAUCUUACCCCAUGACAUCACAGACGGAGUGACUCAUCCCGUGUGCACCUUGCGAUCUGCAAUUCAAUAAAAGAUGCACA